AUGAGCGGCAUCUCUACCUCUGGUAUCAUCGUCAUCGUCGUGGUCGUCUCCGGCCUCCUGGUGGCCAUCUUCUGGUCCUUCAGCGCCCACUACAGCCGAGGCUCAACGAUGGCCGACGCGACGCAUCAAAUAUCACACGAGCAGGAUGCAUAUAUGCGACAAGUGCGACAACGGACGCAUCAACAUGCCUACGCCGAGUCUCUCUCUGCUAUCGGUGACGGUGCGACUACCACUCGCACGUCGCAGGUAUGGUCCAAUACUCAUAACGGCGGCGCUGCGACAUCUCCGAAUACCCCCAUGACUCCUGUCGCUGUCGCUGUUGCAGGUUCGCGGAGGAUGAGUAACCAAAAUCCAUAUUUCCCGCGAGAGAAGGAUGGGUCGAGGGUGAAUUAUUCGGCCUAUGAUGAGCAAGCGGAUUAUUAUGAAGAGCAGUCGCCGUACGGAAAUAAUACUUACAAUGAGUAUGGGUAUGAGCAGCAGCAGCAGCAACCGCUGCCACAACAAUCGGAUGAGAAAGCUCAGCCUAUUCAGCCGCAUCAGCAGGUUUGA